GCGGCAAGAUGCCCAGCAAUAGGGAGGUAUUGCAAAAAUUGUAAUGGCCGAAACCAUUUUGCUAGCGUAUGCCGCACAAGAAGCUCUAAAACACGGCCAGAAAGACGGCACGUGCGACAGGUGGAAAUAUCUAGUGACGAAGAUGGGGCUGGCAACGAGACAUACUUCCUUGUACUUCCUUCAAGCGCUGGAAGUUCAAGCGGUCGUGAGUGACGAGCAUUGGGUGUCAGUGUUAAAUGUGGCUGGUAUCAUGACCAAAUGUAAGAUAGACACAGGGGCGAACUGUUGUGUUAUGCCAGAAACGGUCUUUCGAAAGUUGUCCGCGGCGCCUGCGCAGAACUGUUACGCAACCCUGCGUACGUUUUUCGGCCACACAAAACAAGCAAUCGGAAAGAUAAACCUGCUCGUGUCUAAUAAUGCUCGAAGCACCGAGGUUACGUUUUUUGUUGUCGUCCAAGAUGUACCAGUUACAUUAAGCGGACACGUCGCUGAGAAACUGGGCCUGAUAAAACGCAUAGAUGCCGUCAACGAAGUGUCCGAGAUCCCCAUAUCUGGCUUUGAAGACGUCUUCCAGGGUCUAGGACAACUUGAGGGCAUCGCCUAUCGCCUGCAGCUGAAACCCGAUGCACGACCAACCAUAAAACCAGCGAGGAGAAUUCCCGUCGCCCUCCAAGAGCCCGUGAAAGCGAAGCUCGACGAGAUGGAACGCGAUGGCGUCAUUGCAAAGAUGACAGAGCCUUGCUCGUGGUCUAGCUAUAUGGUCGUAGUACUGAAAAAGGAUAAGAUACGCAUAUGCUUGGAUCCUUCCGACUUAAACAAGGUGAUUUUGCGGGAGCAUUACCAUAUGCCUACAUUGGACGACGUACUGCCGCGGCUGCAAGGAGCAAAAUAUUUUUCUACCCUCGAUGCCGCGUCAGGGUUCUGGCAAAUAACCCUCGACGAAGAAAGUUCGCGCGUUUGCACCAUGAGCACACCGUUCGGAAGGUACAGAUUUCUGCGCAUGCCAAUCGGCAUCACAUCAGCACCAGAGGUUUUUCAACGCGCCAUGCACGAGGUCGUUGGAAGCUUGGCUGGCGUAGCUGUCGUAAUGGACGAUAUAUUGGUCUGGGGAAAGACAAGGCAGGAGCACGACAGCAACCUCACCGCCUUGCUUGAACGCUGUAGGGAACGUAAUCUAAAGCUCAAUAAAAAGAAGUGCCAAUUUUUGCAGACUAGUGUACGUUACAUGGGCCACCUCCUCACCGCUGAAGGACUGUCACUGGACCCAGACAGAGUUCACGACAUCAUGCAAGUUCCACCGCCGCAGAACCGUAAGGAGCUUCAAGUGUUCCUUGGAAUGAUAAACUUUGUGUCUCGGUUCAUCCCAAACCUGUCAGUCGCAUCUGCACCUAUUCGGGAGCUACUUAAGAAGGACGUCGCUUGGACGUGGACAGAAGUACAGGAAAACAGUUUCCAAAAGUUACGAGCUAGUCUUGCCACAGCACCAGUCCUAGCAUACUUCGACCAGUCUAAGCCAGUGAAACUGUCCGUGGAUGCGAGCCAGUAUGGUGUCGGAGCAGUCAUCUUGCAAGAUGACCACCCCAUUGCAUAUUCGUCCCGCUCCUUAACUGCCACACAACAGCGGUAUGCCCAAAUUGAAAAGGAAACCCUAGCCAUAGUUCAUGGCUGCAUGAAAUUCAAGGACUACAUACUCGGUCAACCACUAGUCACGGUAGAAUCAGACCACCGACCCCUGGAAUCGAUCUUCAAGAAACCACUUUGCGAUUGCCCUCUUCGCCUUCAACGCAUGCGCCUCACGCUUCAAAGAUUCCCUAUCAGCGUGAUAUACAAACCAGGAAAGGAACUGUCUUUGGCCGACGCACUUUCACGCUUUCCUUGCAAAACAGAGCUGGUGGAUGAAACAGAGCACUUUCAAGUCAAUGUUGUUUCUUCGUUACCUGUUUCAGAUCAACCGCUGCUCAGUAUCAGAACGGAGACUGAUAAGGACACCCUCAUGAACGAACUCUGCCCUUACGCGAGUACAGAGUGGCCCGAAAGCAAGCAGCAGCUCCCGGAUGCCUUAAAGCCAUACUGGAGCUACCGUGAUGAGCUACACGUCGAGGAUGGGCUGCUUCUCAGAAGCAACAAGCUUGUAAUUCCUCCAUCAAAACGCAAGGAAGUUCUCGGCCUGCUCCACGCUGCACAUUGCGGCGAAGACAAAAUGAAGGCGAGAGCAAGACAGGUAAUGUACUGGCCAAACAUGAACGCCAACAUUUCUGAUGUAGCGAAGUCAUGCGCUGUUUGCGACAAGUACAAAAAAAGAAAUGCAAGGCUGCCCAUGCUGAGCCACGAACUACCGAGUUUGCCAUGGCAGGUUGUCGGGGUCGAUCUUUUUCACCACGAAGGCAAUGAUUACCUCAUAGUGGUAGAUUCUUAUUCGUUUUUCUUCGAGGUUCGCAAGCUUAGCCGGACUACCGCUGCUGCUGUGAUCAACGCAUGUGCGGAAAUCUUCGCGACACAUGGCAUUCCCGUCAAACUGUGCACUGACAACGGCCCUCCUUUCAACAGUGCAACAUUUCAAGCAUUCACAGGUCAAUUUAAUAUCAGCCACACCACUUCUAGCCCGUACCAUCCGCGCGCCAACGGCUUGGCAGAGCGUGCCGUUCAGGAAGCUAAACAUCUGCUAAACAAAUGCCCGUUUUCCACCCUUGAAUUUUACAGUGCGUUGUUGGAGUGGCGCAAUACUCCGAGGGACGAACAGUUGCAGUCGCCAGCUCAAAGGCUCAUGGGACGUCACACCAGAAGCCAACUCCCGGUUCUCAACUGUCACCUGGAGCCCAAGACGAUACCCACGGAAGCAGUUCGUCAGCGACUACAAGAAAUACGACAUAAACAGCGUUCCUACUACAACAGAACGACACGGGCUUUGCCAGACCUUCGUAGCGGAAACAGUGUCCGUAUACGACACGCUAAGCAGAACGUGGGCCCCGGCCAUGGUAAUUGGUCCUGCAGGGCCACCGCGAUCUUGCUUAGUGGCUACAGACAGUGGACAGCACUUACGCCGUACGAGAGAGCAUCUCAGGGCCACACAUGCUGCUCAGCCUGCUGAAUCACAAGCAGAAACCCGAAAACAGGCUAUGCCAAGUACCCCAGCAGAUGCAAUUCAAGCCCCACUUCGAAGAAGUGAACGGGUACGCCAAGUGCCGCAACGUUAUCCGCUUCCUGAACGUAAAUAGCAAAGCA